AUGUUGAAACAGUUACACAACAGUCAUCAAGGAGUAUGCAAGACAAAAGAAUUAGCAAAGCAGCAUAUGUAUUGGCCAGGUAUAAUAUCAGAUAUUACUAACUUAGUUCUGGCAUGUGAAAUUUGUAAUAAGUAUACCAGAAGUAAUAAAAGAAAUGAAUUACUAAACCAUGAAAUACCUGAUGUACCAUUUGACAAAGUUGGAGCAGAUAUAGYUAGUUAUGGYGGAAAGGAUUAUCUAAUCAUUGUAGAUUAUUAUUCAAAAUGGGUUGAAGUAUGUAAGUUGAAAUGGAAAACAGCACAAGAAAUAAGCAAAAAGUGUAAAAAAGUGUUUGCUAGAUUUGGUAUUCCUAGUGUGUUUGUUGCGGAUAAUAUGCCGUUUAGUAGUAUACAGUUUAGGGCGUUUGCAAAAGAAUGGGGAAUACAAAUAAAUAAUAGUAGUCCAAACUACCCUGUGAGUAAUGGGUUAGUGGAAAAAUAUGUAGGCAUUAUAAAAAAAAUUUUGAAGAAGUGUAAUGAUACAAAUGAUGAAUUUGAGAAUUACUUAUUAAGUUAUAGAAAUACUCCUUUAAUGAAUAUUGGUAAAUCACCUGCAAAUCUACUACAAAAUAGAAUUUUAAAAACUAAACUACCCAUAAAAAUUAGGAUGGAUGAUAAUGAUAUUAAGUUGAUUAAACAAAAAAUGGUUAAAAACCAAGUAACACAAAAGAUGUAUUUUGAUAUUAAAGGGACGGUAGAGGAAACUGAAUAUAAGGAGGGAGAACAAGUAUGGUUACAGAAUAAAUUUAAUAAAACUUGGAGUGAGGCAAGAGUAAUAAAGAAAUUAGAUUUACCUAGAUGUUAUCUAGUGAAAGAUAAUAGUGGAAAGGAAUUAAGAAGAAAUAUAAUAUUUAUGAGAAAAAAGAAAACGCUAAGCUUGGAAUUAGACGAGGAAGAGGAUAUGAGUGAUAAAGUACAAAGUGGAGGUGUGAUAAAUAAAGAUAUUAAUGGUGAUAUGGUGAGGAGAUCUGGCAGAACAAUUAAGAUACCAAAAAGAUUUGGAUAUUAA